AGCACGUUUAUAUUUCUCAGACCACUUAGGGACACCUUUUGAACUUAAUACAUUCUAAUGACCAGUAUAGGCAUUACAUAUCGGCGGUUCAUCUUAGAAACGUUUGUGGGGUCCCAGUCUUGGUUACACGUUUUAUAUCGUCAGCCCUGAGUUGACUGAGUUGAAGGACCCGAGGCUCAACACGAGAUUGGAAACAGAACAUUUUCUUUUCAUAUGUAUUGACAAUUGAUAAUCUUUACCUACAUACACAUCAGACAGCAGUCUAGACUGCUGAGAUGAAGUCCAAGAAGAAGAAGAGGCAGGAUGACUUCCAGAAGGUCAAGUUAAAGGUGGGAAAGACGAAGCCCAAAGCUGAUAAUGCCACCAACACCAACUUCCGUUCAAAGGGGAUUAAUCUAACCGAGCAGCUGAAGAAAGACUCAAGUGGCCCCACCACACAAAGACAUCUUGGUAUCAAUGACCUCCUGUCUCAGCUCCACCAUCACAAUGCCAAUAUGAAAAAUGGUGCCUUAUUGGGUUUGAGAGAGCUGCUGUCCCAUAAUCCUUCUCUGUUAGAGCAGCAUCUGUCUCGCCUGAUUUCUGAAGUGGGGGCUGUUUUCACAGACAAGGAUGGCAACGUUCGCGUGUCAGCUAUUCGAGUGCUCAGGUUCAUUGCACAGUCUGUGCCUGCAGAACGAGUGGCUCCAUUUCACCCCGUCCUCAGUGCCCACCUAACUUGUGCCAUGAGCCACAUUGAGACAAGCAUCCAGGAGGACUCCAUUAAGAUCCUGGAUGUGUUGUUGGAGCACUACCCUGCUCUGCUUGCAGCACGACCUGCAGUACUCCUCACUCACUUCCUGGAGUUGAUCUCUCACAGACAAAGCAGUGGAAAAUCCAAAAAGGCCCAGGAUGCUAAGGGACAGACCUGGGCACUGUCCAUCAACCCUAACAAGGCUGUAACUAAUCAGCAGUGGCGGCUAUCUGUGCUCCUCAGGCUUGGAUGCUUUCUGCAGGCAGUAGUUGAGGAAAGACCGGUGGAGGAAAGUGAUAUUUUUAUUCCAACUGAAGGAGCAUUUGCCUCCAAUGGAGAGAGCAGCCUUACACCUCUGUAUCUCAACUGGGAAGAACUCACCUACAGCAAGGUUGGAGUGAAGGUGUAUGAGCAUUCUGGGGCAAAACCAACCCCCCAGUCCACCUUUAGACUCAGAGCUGAAGUGAACCCUGGAAACACAAUGGGUGAGUGUCUGGACUCAGCUGAGGCUGUUCAGAACUUUGCAGCCACACUGGUGCCUCUUCUGCUUGAAGUGUGGGUAGAAGCCAUUAACAGUGACUGUCCCUGGAACACCACUGAGGGCGCCCACCUGCUCACCCCAGAUGCCAUGUCAGUAAUGUUCCAAGUGUUGUCUAUUCUUCAACUGUUGAGAAAACUGGCACCACAGAGGGAGCACCAGGAUGCACUGGAUGGAUGGUUCUACAAGGAAUACCUCAGAGAUUUUAAGCAGCACUUCAUGAAAAACUUUCCCUAUGGUUCUCGGGACACACCAAAACAUAAAAAGAAGGUUGGUCUCAAAAGGAGUAAGCAGACUGCAGCCGUCCCAGGAUUGACAGUGGAGCCUCUGGCCCUAAACAUUACACUAUGCCAAGUUAUGGUGUCCCUCAGCCAGAGGCAAGGACUCGGCCGAGAGACAGAUGGAGAAUGGCUGACGCCUCUAAGGACAUUUGUCCGAGACACUCUGGGCAGUGGUGUGAAAUUGAGCUACAAGCAGCUCCACAUGCUACUGGGUACUGUGUGGAAGAUGGUGUUCACACAGAGAAGCAAAACGGUGACCGAUGAUCUGUUGGCAGCGGUGUAUAUCUACUAUAAGCAGAGGACCCUGUCUCUACAGACACGAUCUCUGCUGCUGUCUUUUUACAGCAAGCUCUACCUGCAAGAACAAGGACAUGCACACAUAGCAAGGAGUAAGGUGCUAUGUCGUUGGUUGGAAUCUCUUCCUAUGCAGCUGUCCCUGCUAGGCCAGCUUAACCCAACUCUCUCUGCACAACUCAUCCUGUCAAUCCAGGCUGCCGCCUCUCGAAGACACAAAGACCUGCUCAACAGUCUGCAAACACACGCCUGCACCCUCUACGAUCCACAGAAAGGAGUAAUGGUGUUUUUACCAGUUGAGUCCCAGCAACGAAUGGUCCAGCUGCUCUACUUUCUACCCAAGAUGUCCCAGUCUCUUCUGGCCAAUCUAAGCUACUGCUGCACCGCUGGACGAAUCUCUGCCGGCCUCACUGCCUCUCUGAUUCGUAUCGUACACCUUCGGUCGUCUUUGAGUGGCUGGUCGGUUGGGAGCCAGGAAGCGGCUCUGCAGGACGUGGACUACAUCAGCUUCUUGUUUUCCACUUUGACGGGAUUCUCGUCUGACAAGCUGGCCGCCCUGCAGGAGGCCAGCGACGCCCUUCCUCCCUCUCCUCUUUCACCUCUCAGUCUCUACCCCACGCCGCUGGAGCAGUUCACGCACCACUGGGAUGUUGUUGAGGAAGUCUGCCACAGUCUGGAAACUCUGGGUUCAAAGUCUCAGUGCUUUGACAUCUUACAAAAUGGCAUUUGCAAAUACCUGACCAAGUUAGGAGUGGUGCCUGACAGUAUGGCGGCCGGGCUGCUCAGAGCUGUUUCCAAAUUACUGGACCUGUCCGUCCUGCCGAUUGAGCCCAUGCUGCGCUUCUUGUCUCAGUGCUGCCUCAGCCUUCUAACUCUGCUCAUCACCCUGGAGCAGGAGAUACCUGCCGAAACCAACCACAAAAGGGAGGCGAUAUGGGGUGCUUGUGUGUCAGCGUUGAGCUCUGUUCCUCGCCUGCUUCGAAUGGUUCUGCAGUCGAUACGCGUUGGCGAUCUGAGUGAAGAGGAGCUGCCACAGCUAGGACGGAUCCUGUCGAUGCUGCUGCAGCACACGCCGAUCCACAACCAGCUGCUGGCUAAUACCGCUCUGCUGCAGGAGAUCAUGCAACACCUCACGAGGUAUACCCGGGGUACGACCAGGGAGCAGUGGUUGACGGACUUGCUCUACUGUUAUACGGUCACCGUGGCUCAUGGCUCGUCCGCUCGCCGUGGAACCCUGGGCCUUCGUGACAUGUACUGACCGACUCACCCACCAGACCACCACCUGGUGUGUUUCCCAGUUCACCCUCUCAAACAACUUACAGUGACUUUGACAAACAAAACACUCACAGAGCACAAAAGCAAAACCUUCAGACAGGAAUACAGUCGAAUGACAUGUUUGUUUAUUAUGAGUGACAAGGAAUUCUCUACAUUCUUGUUUUAAGAUCUUCAGUUUUGUGUUUUGAGCUUCUUUAUUGUUUCAUUCUUAGCCUAGUAAUUGUUAGUCUUAUUUUUGCCUAUUCUGAGUAUUGUUGGCGAAUGUUGUCCAGUGCACCUGGCGACUUUUGAUACAAAAUAAUAAAUAAAAGGUUUAAAAAAAGAAGAGAAAAAUAAACUUAAAUC